GCAAUGUCUGUUGAGAGCGCGGAAAUGGAUACAAAGGAACUCAGGAAGUUAAUUGAAGAUAAGGCAAACGAUGCAAUAGAAAGAAUACAAACAUAUCGCGAUACAUAUCGAAGAGAGAUGGCUGAGUGUAAGCAGUUUGUGAUCGAUAAAGUAUCUACGUUUUUUGCUGAUUUAGAAGCACAAAGUCAAAAACAAGAAAUCAUGGAUGACGAAAUAAUUCAGAGGCUUAUAGUAGAACUCAUGGAACAACUCGAAAACAUAGAUACACUUUUGAGUGAAAUUCAUAUGUGUAGAGAUACACUUUCAAAACUAAACGAGAUGUUAACUGGAAAAGAUGAUUUUAACUGAAUUACACUGUUGUAAAUCUCUACAGGUGUUUUUUUUUGCAAGGCGGAGUGUGAGACGGUUAUAUAUCUCGAAACUAAACCUGAACUGAAGAGUUCAGUCAACUUUUGUUAAAUACUUCAUUUUUCCUGGAAAGUUUGCGUAAUUCUAAUAAAAUGUUUAUUCCGGAAAAA